AUGAAAAAUGCUGGCAAGACACCACUGCCACCUUGGGACUUCCUGUGCCCAGCCACGGUCAACCCCACCGUGUUCUUCAACCUUGCUGCCGAUAGUGAGCCUUUGGGCCAUGUCUCCUUUGAGCUGUUUGCAGACAAAUUUCCAAAGACAGCAGAAAACUUUCAUGGUCUGAGCACUGGGGUAAAAGGAUUUGGUUAUAAAGGCUCCUGCUUUCACAGAAUUAUUCCAGGAUUUAUGUGCCAGGGUGGUGACUUCACAUGCCACAAUGGCACAGGUGGAAAGUCCAUCUCCGGGGAGAAAUUUGAUAGUGAGAAUUUUGUCCUGAAGCACACAGGUCCUGGCCUCUUGUCCAUGGCAAAUGCUGGACCCAACACAAAUGGUUCCCAGCUGUUCAUCUGCACUGCCAAGACCGAAUGGCUAGACGGCAAAUAUGUGGUCCCUGGCCAGGUGAAAGGCAGCAUGGAUACUGUGACAGCCAUGGAGCACCAUGGGUCCAGGAAUGGCAAGACCAGCGAGAAGAUCACCAUUACUGACUGCAGACAACUCUAA